AUGAGCGGCGCUCCCGGCGGGCCCCGGCCGAGGACCCCGCCGAGCCGCGGAGCCGCGGCCGCCCCGUCGCCCCGGCCGCCCCCCGCCGACCCGCUGCGCCAGGCCAGCCGGCUGCCCAUCCGCGUCCUGAAGAUGCUCAGCGCCCACGGCGGCCACCUCCUGCACCCCGAGUACCUCCAGCCGCUCUCCUCCACGCCCGUCAGCCCCAUCGAGCUGGACGCCAAGAAGAGCCCGCUGGCGCUGCUGGCCCAGACCUGCUCGCAGAUCGGCAAGCCCGACCCGCCGCCCUCCUCCAAGCUCAACGCCGUGGCGGCCGCCGCGCCCGCCGCCGACAAGGAGCCCUCGGCCCGGCCCGCCGCGCUGAAGCCGCCGGGCAGCGGGGACGCGCCCGCCGAGGACAAGUCGAGCUUCAAGCCCUACUCGAAAGGCGGCGGGGAGCCCCGCAAGGAGGGCGGCGCGGACAAGGCCGGCUUUCGGGUGCCCAGCGCAGCGUGCCCGCCGUUCCCCCCGCACGCCGCCGCCUCCUCGCCCGGCGGCUCCCGCGGGGCUUCGCCGCAGCACCCCGAGCCCAAGGGCGCCGAGGAGAAGAAGGAGCCCGAAGGCGGCAAGCCCAGCCCCGAGGGGACGGGCGGGGCGCUGGGGCGCGGGGUGGUGGAGGCCGGGGCGCACGGCGAGCCCCCCUCGGGCCGCAAGUCGGAGCCCCCCGCGCUGCCGCCCGCCGGCCAUGUGGCCCCCGUGUCGCCCUACAAGCCGGGCCACUCCGUGUUCCCCCUGCCGCCCUCCAGCAUCGGCUACCACGGCUCCAUCGUGGGCGCCUACGCCGGCUACCCGUCCCAGUUCGUGCCCGGGCUGGACCCCACCAAGCCGGGGCUGGUGGGCAGCCAGCUGCCGGGGGCGCUGGGGCUGCCGGGCAAACCGCCCAGCUCCAGCCCGCUCACCGGGGCCUCGCCGCCCUCCUUCAUGCAGGGAUUAUGCCGGGACCCGUACUGCCUGAGCUACCACAGCGCCUCGCACCUGGGCUCCAGCAACUGCUCCAGCUGCGUGCACGACCCCGGCAGCCUCAAGAGCGGAUACCCCUUGGUGUACCCCACGCACCCCCUGCACUCGGUGCACACCACGCUCUCCUCCAGCGGCACCCCCAGCCUGCCCGGCCACCCCCUGUACACCUACGGCUUCAUGCUGCAGAACGACCCCCUGCCCCACAUAUGCAACUGGGUGUCUGCCAGCGGACCCUGCGACAAGAGGUUUGCCACCUCGGAGGAGCUGCUCACCCACCUACGGACCCACACGGCCCUGCCGGGGGCCGAGAAACUCUUGGCGGGUUACCCUACCUCCGGGCUGGGCUCCGCGGCCUCCUGCCACCUGCACCUCCCGCCCGCCGCCCCCGGGAGCCCCAACACCUUACCGGCCUCGCUCUCCUUGAGGAGCCCACACACUUUGGGACUAAACAGGUACCACCCGUAUGGCAAGAGCCACUUGCCCACGGCCGGCGCCCUGCCCGUGCCCUCCUUGCCGGCCGCCGGACCUUACUACUCCCCGUACGCUCUCUACGGCCAAAGACUCACGUCAGCCUCGGCUUUGGGAUAUCAGUAACCGGCUCAGCCCCAGCCCCCCGCGCCCUCCUUGGACUCUGUAUUUAUUACUGUAUGUUAGCUUAAAGCUGGGAAUAUAAGUGCAUUAUACACCAAUGAAUCAAUGGUAUGCAAAAAAAAAAAAGUCUGUGUUCCAAAAAAAAAAAUUAACCCGAAAAAAAGAAAAAAAAAAUUCCCUUCUUUACUUUGCAGGUGUGGGGCUUUGGUUUUCCCCUUCUGUUUCUUUUGAAUUUUUUUUUCCUUCCCCUUCUUAAUUUCCCCUGAGAAAUUCUUGCAUGACAUGGAAAAGCAAAAAAAAAAACCAAAAAAAAGGCAUUUUCCUCCUUCCCCUCUGCGUUUAUCGCUCUGGGAUUCUGUUCUCUGCAUUUGUAACUUGCAGACGUAAUUUUUUUUUGUAAAUUUUUUUCUUAUUUUUAAUCUUUGGGGUUCUCAAUUUUUUUUUUCCUUUUAACAUUUUUGUGGUUUAUUUUUUUUUUUAAUUUUACUCCUUCUUUUUGGUUUUUUUUUUUUAAUUUUUGCGCUGUGUCCGGGGCCAGGGGGGGCUACACCGGUUGAGUGAUGCUCACCCCAGGCCGUGCCCCGCCGGGGGCUGCAGGACCCCGCGUGUCCCCGCUGUGUCGGUGGGGGGACCGGAGGAGCGGCAGGACCGGCGGCCCCGGGCGGGCGGACGAGCCCCGGUAAGUCUGAUUUUGUUAAUAAACGCCUCUUGGUUGUAACCCACGCUCUGGUCUCGUCUCGUCCCUGCCCGGGGGUCCGGCGGGGUCCCAGCACCAUCUAGCGGUGGCGGCGGCGGUACCGGAGGAGCCCCGGGUGCGCUCCUGGCUCCGCGCCCCCGUGUCCCCAUCCCCGCGUGUUCGUGUCCCCAGGCGUGGCGGCGGAGGGAAGGUUCGAGAAGGUGUUCAGCGGGAUCGCAGCAGUGCCCGCGGGUGGGCACCCCUUCCCGGGGUGCAGAUUUGGGGGCGCAGUUGUGUUCUGGAUCCCGGUGUGGGGGGGUCCUGCCUGCCCCCGUUGGAUGUUUGUGCCGGGAGGAGGGUGAUGGAUGGCUCUGACACGGUCUGGCUCCAUCCCCACCAUGCUGGGGGGCUCUGCCUGCUCCAUGCCCCAAAAAAAGCGCUUCCACUCCAGCUCUGGACCCCUUUUCAAGCUCCCCCUGCAUGCCCCAUUGCCCCACAUCACUUUUUUUUGUCUGCCUCGUUCCUGUUGCAUUUCAGUGAGUCACGCAAUUAAUCCCUGUUAAUUGCCUUCUCGAUAUUGCUUUAUGCCCUGUGUUAAAAUUCCUUUGUGUCCUUUGAGCUGAAAAAUAACGCGCUGAGAACAGGGACUACUUUUGCCAAAGGGAUUUCGAUUUCCCUGCCUGUGCCUGAGCGUGCGGCCGCUGGGAGGGCCCAGCUUGGGUUUCCUGUGGCAGUGGGAGAGAUUUGGUGGUCCAGGGGUGAGUUUGGCUCCGUGCUGAGCUCCCCAAGGCUGAUUUUGGGGGUCUGAUUUUGGGGGUCUGUGGCUUGGGGAUGUGCGGACGUGGCCAGGCUCCGGUUGUGGCCGUGGUGGUGUUGCUCUUUCCAGGUGGGAUGUUGCUGGAUGAGGGCUGGGGCUGGCACAGGGGUGUUUGCAGGGCUGGGGCUGGCACAGGGGGCUUUGCUGUGGGUGUUUGCUCUGUCCUGUGGGCACAGCAGGAAUGAGGUGCCCAGCCCAGGCUGGUGCAGCCCCUCCAGUGUCACCCUGCUGGGUGCUGAGCCCUGUGGCAGCUGAUACUGGCCAUGGAGCAGGGUGGCACGAGCGGUGGGCACAGCAGCUCCAGAGUGUUCUCUCUGCUGGCACAGGAGGUACCCAGACCCCCCAGCCCUCAGGAGCAUCGCUUCUCCCUGGAUGUGGUCCCGACUCCCCGCAGUGAUGCCGCUCGGUGUUGGCCUCGCUCAGGCACUGCCAGUCCCCAUUGUAAAUCCUGGCUGUGGCUUUGUGCUGGGGCCUGUCUCAGGUUCCUGCACUGGAAUUUUGUCCCACUGUGCCUGUCCCUGGCCAUGGCUGGGCACCUCGUGCCACGGGGUGGGAGGAUGAUGCCGCAGACCCUUGAGGUGCGGUAGCCCAGUGCCAAAAUCAGCGCGCCUGGCACAGCCGCUCUGGGUUUUGGGGAUCAUGCCAGACCCCAACCAUGGAGCAGCCAGGGCACAGAGCAAGGGGCUGCACAGCCUCAUCCUGCCAGAGCUGCUGGGGGAUCCCUCCUCACAGCAAAGCUCCAUCCCCUCUCUCCCCCAAACCCUCCCCGCACCAGGAUGGUCCCUGCUCCAAAACGAGCCCGCGCGCCUUCCCUUCACCCACAGCAGGGCUGGGUGCUGCCUGGAUGAGUCCUGCUGUGCAGGAGGUUCCCUGAGGAAUUUUUUCCCCUCCCUAAGGACUGCAGCAGCGGGGCCAGACCAUGUAAACACCGCGAGUAUCAUCUGAUAGCGGCGGCACUCGGGCUGAGCUGCUGGGGAACAGUCGCGUUGCCGAUAUAUUAAAUAAUUCCCUGUGUAAUGUAUGCCCAGGUUAUUGCGGAAUUCAUUUUAUAAUAAGAGCACUGGGAUGCACUUUAUUAAUCAUUCUGUCUAACAACCUGCACUCCACAGUUUCGGUUUGAUUUGAUUCAAUCCUGUCUUUCUGCAAAAUAUAUGGCUGAGUGGGUCGGAUAAUGUAUGGCUUAAUUUAGAGUUGUAUGGGUUUGAAUUACCAUUUUCAUAAUGUGCUGUGCAUUAAUGUGUUGCAUCAUUUAUACAGAAAAAUGUGCCAGGUUUCAAACCUCUCCAGGAGGCAAAAGUCACCUAAAGGGAACACGGAGAGACAGAAAAAGACCUUUUCAAAUCCAGCUGGGGCUGGGAGGACACCGGUGGGUGUCGGACGUGGGGACAGCAGUUUUGGGGCUGUGCUGGUGGCUCAUUUCCCCGUGGCACAGCAGCACCUUCUCCAUCUCACCCCGAGCUGCCGGGGACCUGCAGCGCUUGACUCGCCGCUGACCCCGGUGCCGCCGAAGUCGCGCCCACCGUCACUCGCGAGGAAAAAGCUCUGAUUAUCCAAAUACAGUCAUUAAAGGGGAAAUGUGUUUUUUAGGACUGUCAGAGUGAUUAAUGAGGGUUAGCAAUCCUUGCAAAUGCACUUGUUUAGUCUAACUGGCAGCCUCUCCUUUCCUAUUGAUUUAUGGUGGCAGUUGCCGGGGCCGCGGUGUGUGUGGAAGGAGCGGGGCUGCGCCGGGGCACGGCGAGGGGCCCGGCCGAGCAGCACGGCACGCUCUGCUGUGCCCGAGGCAGCUGAACAAAGGCAACAUUAUCCCCUGUGCCGGGGAAGGAAUGACUUGGACGCACACGCCGAGCCGCUCCGCGUGCCUUAUAAAUAUCCCCGUCUGUGAAGGCCGAAGCCCAGCUGACCACAGCCACGCCGUCCGCCCAAUAAAUCCGUGAAUGAAAGAGCCAGGCCCUAUUUUUUCUUGUUGUUUUUCCUUUCCUCUCCUGCACAAAAAUCCCCGAUGUCUUUUAGGUGAUGCAGAGGUGGCUGCCCGCAGACGUACAAGGCGUUUCAGAGCGCGGAGCGGAGCGCGGCGUCCUCGAGGGCUGGAGCCUGCCCAGGGGUCAGGUCGGGAUGCAGAGCCAUGGUGGGUGGAUGAGAAGUUCCUCAGCUGCAUAAAGCAGCUUUUCUUUCCACGUGAGCACUGGAGGAAGCCACAGAGAACACGGGCUGUGUUUGUCCUCCAAGCCAGAGUGGCGUGGACACCUCCUGUCCCCUCACCAGCAUCCCCGUGCCCAGCCUAGGGUCAGGGUUUGCUUUGGGGCACACUUGGUGCUGGGUGAGCUGAGAGCAGACCUGGAGGGACAAAGCCGUGCUUGGAGGUGGCAGCGGAGGUCCUGUGCCUGGCUGUGUGCUGGAGCCAUGCAGGAGGAGCAGCUGAGUGGUGACACCGUGGUGACACGGAGCAGCCAGAGCAGCACCAGGGUGUGGAGCUGUGUGUGCCCACCAGAGCCCCACACUGCCCUGCUGUGGGGCCACCUCCAGCCACUCCAAGCAGUGGGACAGCACAAGUGACAAGAGGCUGGAUGAGGUGAGUGGAGAAGGACGAAGGACAAAGUGGAGAAGGACAAAGACCUCGAGGUGCCAAAGCCAGAAGAGUGUGGGCAAGCACCCGGGGCACUGCAGUGGUCAGGAAUGCCACAGAUGGGAAUGGACUUUCCUCUGGCUCUGGAUAACGGCUGAAGAGCUGCUGCUGCUGCUGCCUCUGCUCUGGCCAUGGAUUGGUGUGUGCUGCAAAUCCUCCAGCAGCUCUGAUUCCAGCUUCAGCAGUGAUGCACUGACGUGUUCCUCACCACACCAGGACACGGGGCCUUGGCUGGUCACCAGUGACCCACGGGAAGUCCCCAGUGUGACCACAGCCAUGGUUUCCCUCUUGUGCAGUGUGCCAGUCCAGCACAGGGCCCUGGCAGGUGACAAAGCCCUGGGACCACAGCUGUUCCUUCGCACAGGUUGUCACAGGAGUGUGGCAGCAAUGCUGGGUCAAGUCACCCUCUGUUUAUCGUGGUGACAAACUGAGGAGUGCUGAUCCUCACACACCAUCACUUCAGCUGAAGCUCCCUGGAGAGCAGGGGAGAGCACUCAGCUGACAGCUCCGUGCACCGAGCAGGGUCCUGCAGCUCGAGUCCCAAUAACACAGAUUUACCCUGUUUUCUGAAGGAAACCUCCAGGAGCAGCUUUGCCAUGACUUCCAGCCUGGUGCAGGGAGACAGGACAGGAGGAUGUGACCCACAGGGGAGAUGCCUUUGCCAAAGGUGAUGGUGGAAUGCUGACCCUGUGCUAUCAGGGCUGGCCCCAACAGGCUGAGCAGAGCUGGACAGGACACCCAACAUUGUGCAGGGUGCAACGUGACCUCUUCAACACCUUGUGGUCCCAAAAUUCCUGGAUCACCUCUCCUGACCUGGCAAAAUUGGGAAGGAGAUGAAGGAUGCAGCAUCCUGGGCAUCUGUUGGCUUCUGACAGUCCCUUCCUGCAGACACCUCAGUGGAGCAGAGAACCAAAAUGGCCUUUUUUGUGUCCCCCACAGCUGCAAAGGUGCCCACCACAGCACCCCUGCAUCUCCAAUUGCAUCCCUGGGAGAGGGAGAUGCUGCUGCACCGAAGAAGAUGGGGAGCAGUGAAAGCCUCAGGUGCUGGUGCCACCUCCCCAUGAGCAGCUCCUGCAGGAGGGGUGACUGAGGGGCUCUGAGAGAGGACAGGACAGAAAUGGGGACUGUUAAGGUCUUUCUUGCUGAGCUCUCACCGUCUUCUCUGCACCCAAAAGAUUUGCUGUAUUUUCCUCUGGAUGAGAAGGAUGGGGCUGGAUGAGAAGGAUGGGGGCUGCUCAUCACCCAGGAUGGAGUCCAGGCCAGGAGCCCUGCUCCUAUCAAGAGGACUCCUGGUUUCUGCUGGAGCAGCGUUGCCUUUGUGGGGUUUGGUUUUGUUCCCAUUCCCUGCACAAUCCCAGUAACAUCCAACAGGCUGGAGAAGGACAGUGCCCUUCAGAGGUGAGAAGAGCUCUGUUCUGGGCAGGAUGGAAAUGGAGCCUAAAGCCCUUCCUUGCUUCCCACAGUCUCUGGGACUCUGCUUGGGGUUUGUUUUGGGAGCAGCUGGGACAGAUGGGGCUGGCUGGGUGCCUGCUUCUCUGGCUGCAGGGAUGUGCUCUGUCCCCAUUGCUGCUGCUCCUCCAGAAUUCCCAAGCUUUUCCAAGUUGCUGUGCUGGCACAGAAAUCCUGCAGCACUGGGGCAGCUCGGGGGGGGUCCUCACAAGGGGAGCACCAGGAUCCAGCACCUCUUGUGAUUUUGGGAUGUCCUGGUGUGGGGCAGACCCUGAGCCCUCCUGGCCAUGGGGGGCACUGGGACUGUCCUGCUGGGUUUGGGGACUGGCUCUGAGCACUGGGGUGUGCACAGCACCCACACACUGCAGGUGAUGGGGGCCAGGGCAGGGCUGGCAGCUCCAGGGUGCUCUGUGCCUCCAUUUCAGGGCACAGAGAGAGCUCAGCACCACAGCCAGGGGGUGGGCAGUGGGCACAGCACACACACACUGCAGGUGACUCCAGGGCAGGGCUGGCAGCUCCAGCAGGGCACAGGGAGAGCUCAGCACCACAACCAGGAGUGGGCAGUAGACACAGCCCCCCACCUUUAAUCACACCCCAGAUGGUCACAAGCCCCAGGGCAGUAAUGGGCUUAGGGGGACUGAUUUCUGGGUGCUGUGCCAGGGAUGCUGCCCCUGCUCAUCCCUCUGGCCCUGCCCUUCUCCUGCCACCAGCAGCGGCCCUUUCAUCUCCGGGGGAGGUACAAAUGGAGCUGUCAGAUGCCAUCAGCCCCGUGAUAUGACAGGCUGUGGGGCCGGGGCCCCUCGAACAGAGCAGCCUUGUCUGUCAGAGCCGCCUGACACUCCCCAUAAUGGCCAGAUGGAUGAGACUCUGAAAGUAGGGCCCGGCGCGUUUUCAACUCUAUUUUGGGUGAAAACACUUCUUGAAAGAUCUUGAAAGGAGCUGGCAGUUUAGUAGUUCAGAUGAUUAAUGAGCACUGGCUCUGGCGGGUGGAUUUCUCGAGCCGUGCCAGCAGCUGGGCUGCUCCAGCGGGCCAAGACACGCCGAGCGCCCCCCGGCCCCCCUGGCCUUCCCGGAAAUGACACUGAGGCGACAGGCCCUGCAUAUGGAAAAAGUUAAAUAUAAAUUACUGCUGAAAGAGGCCUCGCCGAGCCGAGUUAGUUAAAAGAUGUUUAUGGAUUCAGAAACACGGGCCUGCAUAUGUAUUUAGGGAUGACAAAUGUGAUUCAAUAAGUCAGGAAUUUCUCCGUGGGCUGAGGCGGGACCCGCGCUGCUCUGGGCUCGGCAGCUCCGUGCCAUAAAUCCUGCAGGCAGGCUCCUCGCUCCUCCCCGGCCUGCUUGGGGUUGAUUUCUGCCUUUUCCUGCAGCUCACCAAGUCACUGGAGAUCCCAAACCGGGUUUGGGAGCAGGCCUGCUCUCUCCAUGGGUUUGGGGGAUUGGGAAAACCCAUGGGGGCACUGAUGGCCACGCUGACACCAGUGCCAGGCACAUCCUCGUCCCUGGGCUCUGUGUCCCCCCAAAGCUGCUCUGGGAGCAGCCAGGCCCUUCAGGACUGCCAGCAGAUGAUUUAUGACCAACACCUCCAGAGCAAGUUUGGGGUUUGACCCGGUGCUUCACGAGUUCAGCCCUAAUUCUACAGCCCCUUCAUGUGGGGCAGCUUGGGGGCACCCACCCAAACUGCCCCCUGUUCGUGCUGCUCUUGGGGUGCACCACAACAAACUGAAGCAGGAAACCCCUAAAUUAAACUCUAGCGGUUGUGGCAGGGGCCUGGCAUGGGUGCCAGGCCCAUGGUGGGGGUACCAGGUCCAUGGCAGGGGUGUCAGGUCCAUUUCAGGGGUGACAGGUCCAUGGUGAGGGUGUCAGGUCUGUCUCAGGGGCACCAGGUCCAUGGUGAGAGUGCCAGGUCCACAGUGGGGGUACCAUGGGGGUUCCAGGUCCAUGUCAGGGGUGCCAGGUCCAUAGGAGGGGUACCAAGUCCAUGGUGGAGGUGCCAGGUCCGUGUCAGGAGUGUCAGGUCCAUGGUGGGGGUUCCAGGUCCAUGUCAGGGGUGCCAGGUCCAUAAUGGGGGUACCAGGUCCAUGGCAGGGGAUGCUGAAUUUGGAUUUAGGGUGACAACCCCCAGCAGACCCACAGCAAUGGGCAGUGCAGGAUCCACCCCCUUGGCUCCCCUCAUCCCACACCUCUGGGAGGCUCAGAGGGAAAUGCUUUUCAGGGGGUCAGCGCCCGGCCAGGCCUUGGACCCACAUCCACAUUCCUUUGUCCUGAUUUUAUUCGUUAGCAACAUUUGGCCUGGAUAUGGAGACAGCUAAUGAGGGACGGAGUUUAUUGCAGUUUGAUUUUUCUGUUAAAACAAUACAAUAAAAUAAAUGCACUUGGAAA